UCUAAAAUCAGAAAUCGUUUGACGGAACAAAACAAGAAACAAAAAACCUGCGUUGUGAGAAUUCCAUCUUGCUUUUGUAUUAUGGAUAACAACAUAGGGAUUCUGUCUCCGACAGCUUACAGUAAAAGACUUUUCUAUAUCUGUUCUGGGGAAGGUUUAUUAAAUCAUCACUCUGAACCUGAUCAGGAGGCUUUAAUACUAGAGGAACAAAGGAGAUUACUUCGUAUAUUUAAUGCCGAUCCAAAUUAUAAACACAAGGGAAGUUACCCACUAUGUGAAGCAAGUCGUAAAGGUUACGAAAGAGUAGUUAAAGAACUUAUAUCACAAGGAGCAGAUGUAAAUGUUUGUGAUAAGUGGCAAUGUUCUCCAUUAUAUCUGGCUGCGUCACAUGGUUAUAAAAAUAUAUGCGAGAUGUUGAUCAAUAAAAAUGCUGAAAUGAAUGCUAAAAAUCAGUAUGGAUUUACACCAUUGUGGACAUCCAUUGAAAAUAAUAAUAUAGAAAUCGCUAAAAUGUUAUGUAAGCAUGGUGCCGAUGUAAAUGUGAUGAGACCAAACUCUCAUGGGAUUGAAAUGAAAAUGUUAACAUAUGUUUUGCUUGCUAAAGGGGAUACAAGUCUAGCAGAGUGUAUCUUGACAUCUAAUUGUGUUCCGUAUAAAAUAGAGAGUUCUCUCUGUUAUAUGAUCCUAGACUUUGGCGAUGAAAGUCGUCGCUUUGUUCAGAAACUUAUCUGUGCAGGAUUUGAAUUUGAAUAUCGUCACUGGGUGUCUAGUAUGAAACAUAAAAUAGUCAAUCGUCCUGAGGAAGUUACAGAGGGAGAAAAAAGCUUUAUUCAGUUUAUCCAGAUUGAGACACGUACACCGAAACGUUUACAAAACAUGGCCCGAGUUGUGAUCAGGACAACACUUCUAAAUGCUAAUCCUAAUAUUCCUGUGAGGACAAGUGUAUCACAGCUACAUCUUCCUCCUAAACUGGAGAGAUUUAUCUGUCUUUCUGAUGUAGUUAAUAUUGAUUAAAUAUUGUACAUGUAA